GUGGGCUCCACCUCCCCAGGGCCCAUCAGGGAGGGUGGGGCUGCAGCUACUUACCUGGGCAGGCCAGGAGGGAGGCACACCUGGAGGAGGGGGCCAGCCAUGGCGGCCCGGAGGAGCAGCGCCAUCCGGUCCUCUGUGGCCGCCAACACCCUCCAGCCAGGCCAGCGUGCCCCCUGCAGUACCCCCUGCUCUCGCCGCCACCCCCCGGUGCUUGACAUGGUGCUAGAGGCUCUGCAGGCGGCUGACCCACGCAGGGCCACGUCGGCGGCGGCCAUCAAGGUGUUCAUCCUUCAAAAGUACCCGACAGUGAACACACUACGUCUCCCACACCUUCUGCGCAGGGCCCUGGAUGCGGGCCUGAGCCGUGGACUCCUGGCACGGCCCCCCAACUCCAAGGCCCGGGGUGCCACCGGCAGCUUUAAGCUGGUGCCCAAGGACAAGAGGAAGGCCCAGCCCAGGAAGCCAGCCACCAGCUCAGUCAAGUGCCCCCGGAAGACUGCCCAGCCCAAGAAGGGGGCCCCCAGCACAGUCGGCGCCAAGGGGGUGCCCAGGAAGCCAGGGGAGGCUACCACGGCAAUCCGCAAGCCAGCACCCAUGGGGAAGGCCCCCAAGCAGCCCAGGAAGCCCAGUACAGCCCCUCCUGACCCUGGCCAGGCCGGUGGGGCACCUCGAAGGCCAGGGGGGCCAGGAGCAGCCUCCUCACUGUCCAGCAGAGCCAAGGAGAAGCCGCCCAGGAAGGGCCCCCCACUGUCGGGCCAGGCCUCUAAGGCUCCAUCCACAGGGAGGGUGAAGACCACAGGAGCCCAGGGCAGCAGCAAGAUCCAUGCUGGGAGUCAGGGCACCCAGGCCACCACCAGCAAGUAUGAGAACAGGGCGAGGAAGACACCCCCGGUCCCCAAGGAGGCCGCUGCUCGGGAUGCCGAGCUGGGGCCACAAGCCAAGGCCACCCUGGCCCCCAAGGAGCCAGCAGCUCCUGCUGGGAAGACCUCCCCACCCCGGAGCCCAAAGGGUUCAGGAGGCCCCCCGAAGUCCACGGCCCCCAGGGCCCCCAGCAGGAAGGCGAAGGCUGAGGGCUAG